AUGUCUUUGGUCGCAGUGGGUGCAUGCUAUGUUGAUACCAUCCUGAGCACAUCGCGUUACCCGGGAGAAGAUGAAAAGCUACGAGCAUCAAAAAUUGUCCGUCGACGGGGUGGGAAUUGCCCAAACAGUCUGGAGGUGUUGCAGCAAUUGACAGCCAUCUUUGAGCAAGAGCUGGCCUUGAACCUUGUAACGGUCCUGCCAGCCAAGUCAUCGGUAGCCUCACAACAAAUUAUAUCAGCUCUUGAGCCUCGUGUUCAGCUCAGCCAUUGUAUCCACCGAGACCAGUUUCAAGAGCCUGCAUCGUGCUAUAUUAUCAAAAGUCAGUCGACUGGCAGUAGGACCAUCGUGAAUCACUGUGAGCUUCCCGAUAUGACAGUUGAAGAAUUCGUUGGAAUCGCUGAGAAGUUGGGUCCUCAAGCAACUUGGUUUCAUUUCGAGGGUCGUAUACCCAAAGUCACUCUCGGGUGUAUUCAACACCUCCGACGAGACUUUCCAUCUGCUCGCAUUAGCGUCGAGUUGGAGAAGCCUGGCCGAGAAGGCCUCCACGAACUUGCAGAUCAUGCCGAUGUGGUUUUUUACUCAAAGACAUGGGCACAAAAUCUCGGAUAUACAUCAGCGGAGGAAUGUUUACGAAACCAAGCAGCGAGGACACAAAACGCCCUCUUACUUUGCUGCACUUGGGGGCAGGAUGGUGCCGAUGCCCUCGACCUUAAAACAGGAGAAUUCGUUCAUGUGGACGCCUUUACCCCUGCCGAUUUCCAUGUUAUAGAUCCAGUUGGUGCUGGUGAUACGUUCAAUGCAGGUAUGUUGUAUGCCUUGAAUUGCAAGGAGAAAGAAUGGGAUCUUUCUGAAAAGGUGAGAUUUGCCAAUCGACUUGCCGGCAUAAAGGUGGCGCAGGAAGGGUUUUCAGGACUAGGCCAAGCAAUGGGGUCUUAUGAUCCAAGAUAA